AAAAGGCUUGGAUAGAGAAAAUAUUUCAAAAACGUGACUGCGUUUUUAUUAUUCCAAACAACAAGGAUCCUAACAGGUGCGGCUGUGGUCAGAUUAUCAGUCAACACACUGCAAUUCCUCUAGUCGCAGUAGAUAAUAAAAAUGGAGAAAAUAACCAGCUUGUGCAAGUGUCCUCACCAUCAGAAAAAUGGUCUGCAAAUAAACACACAAGGGCUAGCCAAACUGAUUCUUAUGGAGUCCUCGAGUUUCAGGGUGGAGGGCAUUCGAAUAAAGCCAUGUACAUUAGAGUAUCAUGGGACACAAAACCAGACAGCCUCCUUCACCUGAUGGUAAAAGAGUGGCAGCUGGAACUUCCCAAACUUCUCAUUUCUGUUCACGGAGGCCUUCAAAAUUUUGAGCUGCAACCUAAGCUGAAACAUGUGUUUGGAAAAGGUUUAAUCAAGGCUGCCAUGACAACUGGAGCCUGGAUAUUUACCGGAGGAGUCAAUACUGGUGUAAUACGCCAUGUAGGAGAUGCCUUGAAAGAUCAUUCUUCAAAGUCUAGAGGAAAGAUCUGUGCCAUAGGAAUUGCACCUUGGGGAAUAGUAGAAAACAAGGAAGAUCUCAUUGGAAAAGAUGUAAACCGAGCUUAUCAAACUAUGUCUAACCCUCUAAGCAAACUCACCAUUCUCAACAACAUGCAUACUCACUUCAUCCUGGCCGACAAUGGCACACUAGGCAAAUAUGGUUCAGAAGUCAAGUUACGAAGGCAACUGGAAAAGCAUAUUUCUCUGCAAAAAAUCAAUACACGACUUGGGCAGGGUGUGCCUGUAGUUGGAGUGGUAAUCGAAGGGGGUCCCAAUGUGAUCUCCAUUGUCCUUGAAUACCUGAGAGAAGAACCACCCAUACCUGUAGUGGUUUGUGAUGGCAGCGGAAGAGCCUCGGAUAUUCUUUCUUUUGCACACAAGUACUCUGAAGAAGGAGGCAUAAUCAGUGAGUCCCUAAGGGACCAACUUCUUGUAACUAUUCAGAAAACUUUUAACCACAGCAGACACCAAGCACAUCAGCUUUUUGUUAUGUUGAUGGAGUGCAUGAAGAAAAAGGAACUUAUUACAGUCUUUCGAAUGGGAUCAGAGGGACAACAGGACAUUGAAAUGGCUAUAUUAACAGCUCUGCUCAAAGGAACAAAUGCAUCUGCACCAGAUCAGCUGAGCCUAGCACUAGCAUGGAACAGAGUUGAUAUUGCACGCAGCCAGAUUUUUGUCUUUGGACACCAUUGGCCACCAUUGAGCAGCCUUGCACCUACAGAUGGCCAAGAUAAGGAAAAAAAGUCUCCCAUCGCCCUCAACAGGGCUGCCAAAGGAAAAGGCAAAAAGAAGGGAAGGAAAGGAAAAGAAGAGCAACAAGAAGAAACAGAUCCAAGGAAAAUUGAGCUACUGAACUGGGUGAACUCCUUGGAGCAAGCGAUGAUGGAUGCCCUUGUUUUAGAUCGAGUUGACUUUGUUAAGCUGCUGAUUGAAAAUGGAGUGAACAUGCAACAUUUCCUUACCAUUCCACGCCUAGAAGAGCUUUAUAACACUAGACUUGGACCUCCCAAUAACCUUCAUUUCCUUGUACGGGAUGUGAAAAAGGGAAAUCUCCCCCCUGAUUAUCAUAUCAGUCUGAUAGAUAUUGGUCUUGUACUUGAAUACCUCAUGGGUGGAGCCUACCGUUGCCACUACACACGAAAGAGUUUCCGAACGCUGUAUAAUUACUUGUUUGGACCUAAGAGGCCAAAGGCUCUUAAACUCUUAGGAAUGGAGGAUGAUGAACCUCCCACCAAAGGAAAGAAAAAGAAGAAAAAGAAAAAAGAAGAUGACAUAGACAUUGAUGUAGAUGACCCAGAGGUCAGUCGGUUCCAGUACCCAUUCCAUGAGUUAAUGGUGUGGGCAGUACUGCUUAAACGACAGAAGAUGGCACUGUUUCUAUGGCAGCGAGGAGAGGAGACAAUGGCCAAAGCUCUAGUAGCCUGUAAACUCUAUAAGUCUAUGGCGCAUGAAUCAUCUGAGAGUGAACUUGUGGACGACAUCUCUCAAGAUCUCGACAACAACUCGAAAGAUUUUGCUCAGUUGGCAAUUGAGCUCCUAGACCAGUCCUACAAACAUGAUGAGCAAAUAGCAAUGAAACUGCUGACAUACGAACUGAAGAACUGGAGUAACUCAACCUGCUUAAAGCUCGCUGUGGCUGCCAAGCACAGGGACUUCAUUGCUCACACCUGCAGCCAGAUGCUCCUUACAGACAUGUGGAUGGGUAGACUCCGUAUGCGCAAAAAUCCAGGCCUUAAGGUUAUAAUGGGAAUACUUUUUCCACCUACCAUCCUCUUCUUAGAGUUUCGUACAAGUGAUGAUCACAGAUAUCAGGUCUCCAGAGAAAACGAAGAUGGAAAGGACAAAGAUGAGGACAAUGAAGGCAAUGCUGAUACUAGUUCCAAGAAGGGAGAUGAAGAGACUGGCAGUAAAAAACAAAGAAGCAUUCCCAUAGGAACAAAGAUCUAUGAAUUCUACAAUGCGCCUAUUGUUAAAUUCUGGUUUUACACAAUUCUCAUGUCAGAGCCAGGUAAACUUAACCAGAAGAUUAAAGUUUGGUUAGAAGAGUACUGGAAUAUCACUGACUUUGUAGCUAUCUCUGUGUUUGCAAUUGGAUUUAUUCUUCGCCUGCAAAAUGAGCCAUAUAAGGGUUAUGGACGUGUGAUAUACUGUGUGGAUAUCAUCUUCUGGUACAUCCGUGUAUUAGACAUCUUUGGAGUGAACAAGUACCUCGGACCGUAUGUCAUGAUGAUAGGAAAAAUGAUGAUCGACAUGCUGUACUUCGUGGUCAUUAUGCUUGUGGUGUUAAUGAGUUUUGGAGUGGCGCGACAGGCAAUUCUGCAUCCGGAUGAAGAGCCUUCCUGGAGAUUAGCCCGCAACAUCUUUUACACACCAUAUUGGAUGAUCUACGGAGAAGUGUUCGCAGACCAGAUAGACCUCUACGCUAUGGAGAUAAACCCUCCCUGUGGUGAUAACUUAUAUGAUGAAGAUGGAAAGCGUCUCCCUCCUUGUAUUCCUGGGGCCUGGCUUACACCAGCUAUUAUGGCUUGUUACCUUCUUGUAGCAAAUAUUCUUCUGGUGAACCUGCUGAUUGCUGUGUUUAACAACACCUUCUUUGAAGUAAAAUCUAUUUCAAACCAAGUGUGGAAGUUCCAGCGUUACCAGCUGAUCAUGACUUUUCACGACCGACCUGUACUUCCUCCACCUCUGAUCAUCUUUAGCCACCUGUACAUACUUAUAAAGAGUAUCUGCUGCCGCUGUAAAAAACAACAGGAAGUUGAUCAAGAUGAGCGAGACAGAGGGCUGAAGCUUUUCCUUAAUGAAGAAGAACUUAAGAAACUAUAUGAGUUUGAGGAACAGUGUGUGGAGGAAUAUUUCCAAGAAAAGGAAGAUCAGCAACUUUCAUCUAAUGAUGAACGUAUUAGAGUUACUUCAGAGAGGGUAGAAAACAUGGCAAUGCGUCUGGAGGAAGUUAAUGAAAGAGAACAUUUCAUGAAAGCUUCUCUUCAAACAGUGGAUCUUCGAUUAUCCCACCUUGAGGAGAUAUCUGGUAGAAUGGUGAAUGCAUUGGAGAAAUUAGCAGGUGUGGACAAAGCUGAGUUAACAUACACUCACUCAAGACCAUCCUCUGAAUGUGAUGCGGCUUAUCUUUUAAGGCAAAGUAGUGUCAAUAGCUCUGAGGGUUAUAGUAUGUACAGAUACCAGCUAGAGGGAGACAGUCAGCCAUACACUGAUAGUGAAUCUCCACGCAGAAGAACUUCCAGCUGUAAUAACAAGAUUGAAAAAGAAUACACAGAGCAAAGGAUUCAGCUGACACCAGGCUGUCAAGGCAGCCUUCCUCAUGUGUCCAGCAUACAAAGGGUUUCAUCAAAGGAUUCACCCCAAAAAACAUUACAAAGUGAACAGGAUUCUAACAAACCAAAUUCUUGUGUAGACAUCUGCAUUGGUCAAUCAGGUGGCAGUCAGGGGGAGUGCAGGAUGGAUAACUCUGCUGUUCAAAGACAUUUGAAUUCUUGCACCUUAACUGUGAAUGGACAAAUUGCAUCAGGGGCUAGCAUUCGGAAUAUUGGGUUGUUAGCAGAACGUGCAAAGCUGGAGGCUGCUAUCUCUUAUCCAUUAGAAAAAUCAAAAGCCAGGCGCUAUUAUCCUUCUCAGAGUUUCGACAGUUGCCAAACCACAAUACUGAAGUCUAGAAGCUUUAUAUUUGCUCAAGAAGGGACACUGCCUGGUGGAAUAAAUAACACAUCAGCAGAGAACAGUAUCACAGUGGACCAAAUGUAUCAUUCUGCAGUUGGACAGUGGGCCACUCAGUGGACAUAUAAAGUUCAACAGAGUGGCUUUUCAAAGCCUCCACCUAAUGUAGCCCAUGAAAAGGUAAAUGAUCAUACAGCUUUUGUAUCAGAAGCUGAAAGACUAGCGGAAGAAAAACAGAAUUUAAAUGAUACAGAGGAUGACAGUGACACAGGUGACAUCAAAGACAGUGCCUCUUAUCCAUGUACACCUGACACUGACUGGGCAGAGUCUGAAAACUCUCUUACAGUUAAGGAUGAAUGGACUUCAGGAUAUCUGACAGGAAGGUCAAAAAGCUUACAAAGCCACAAUAAGAAGGCCAAGUCAAUGACCGCUACAUUGGUUAAACCCAGGCAGGCUAACAGUGUAAGUAACCUUACAGUAGUGUGUGGCAGUACAAGGGAAGAACAGUCCAGAAAAAGCACACAUGAUGUGAAAAAAGAAAACAAUACUGAAACUGAGUGUUAAUUUAGCCCUGACAAACCACAGCAGAUAUAAACAGAAUAUAAUACAACAAAUCAAAACUGCUGCAGUACUUGGUUUAAAUGAUUAAUGUAAGAAAUUAGGUACAAUUAUUACAAAAUGAAUACACUGUAUAUUUUCAAAUAUGUGUAUAUUUAUAUUUCAAUUUUCAUAUAAUAAAUUGUAGUAGUCAUGGCAGUUUUUCACCUUUACAGACAAUUUAUCCAUAAAUUGUGUCAUUUUAAUUAUUGCUUACCAUACUGUUACAAUUUGCUUUAAAUGUGCCACAAGAGGUUAAAAUAUUUAAACGUUCUUACUGAUGUUCCACAUUUUUAUUGUACAAGUUUGAUCUCAUAUAAUAUCAUAUAUGAAAGACAACAGUCUAACAAGCACAAGAAAUGCAACCGUGACUAUGUUGCAAGUAUAAAAAAAACACUAAGAACAUCAACAUGUUUAAUGGGAAAAAAUCAUUUAAGGUUUAUUCCAGAUUUUAGUAAAAGUACAUUUAUAAACAUUGCAAACUUUCUUCAGUAUUAAAAAGUAUGGGCUAUAUUACA